UCCCAACUGGCAGAAGACUGGAGGAUACAUUCAGUCAGGAUUUUUCGAUCUCUGACCUUUACAAGUUGAAGAAAUGGAGGUUUGUCUUACAGGACAGACCAUGUGGGAGCCAGCCUGAAGGGGAGUUCAUUGAACAUCACUCACAUCACCUCUCCAUCCAGAAAAUGCACAGUUCUGGACAGCAUGUAGGCACUGCCUACACUGACAUCAAAGGCAGAAUAGUGCCAGUUACUAAACAUUAGAGCACAAUUUUUAUAAAAAUCAAUGAAAUGCAAAAGCAUGACCUCAUAGACCUCAGGAGUAGGACAAGAGGUUCAUGGCUUCUUCUGGUUAUUUCUGGUUAUAACAACCAACUCAUCAUUACAGUAUUCCUGGACUGUUACCUGUAUUUUGCACACAGUAAAAUUUUCCCAGAUUAAUUAAAACUGUGGACAGGUAGAAGAAUUUGGGUUCAUUCUCACUGCUCACUCAUUCACAACUAAACUGGACCCAUUUUCCUUCACUUCCAAAAGAAGAGUGCCCACCAGCACUCCAUCCACGACCUGAUACUUUAAAAGCAGAGGACCAACAAGGAUUGCCUGCACAUCAAGCUCAACACUGCAAUUCUUCAGGCAUGUCCAUCAAGUGCUAUUUUGAACUAGAGUUGCAGAAUCCCAUUGCUCCAAUACUUUAAGACAUGCUUUCAGUGGCCAAGAUCUUGCACUGACAAAAUGUAACAGGAUAAGACCCAGAGGUCAAGGGCAGAGCUCAGGGAGUGAAAUGCAGUGCAGGAACUGCUUCCCAUUGAUGCUUUUUACUGGGCUACCCGAGGAAGCAUUUGCUAGAUCAGAGCAACUGAACCCUUGGGGUUCAGCGAUAUAUAGGAUAAGACAAGCAGCAUGUGGCCUGUGGACUAGGUGCCUGUAUUGAAAUUAAAAAUUCAAGAUAAAAUAGUCAUGGUCCCUGCAGCUUUUAAGCAAAAUGUGUACAAAAUAUUGCCAGAACCCUUUAACUCUGCUCCAACAUGCAGCUUAGGACAGUAGACCCUUCUUAGAGUCCCUGACUUUUGUCAUACCCACUUCUGAUUAUUCUUGGUCACAGUCAUUAACAAUCUUUAGUCCCAUUUCUCUCCACCCCACUAAGAAUGUAAGAAACCAGCAUCUUUCCUCCAGCUGUCCUUAGAGAUACCACAGGAGGCAACCCUUCUCAUUCCCCCUGUCCUCUGAGGUCAAGAAAAAGCAGCCUACCAAACUUUGAUUUCUGUAUCCAUCCCCCCAAAUUCCUUUUAUCUACUCCUAAGGGGAGGAACCCUGUCUUCACCAAGCCUCCUUUCUGGGCAGAUUGGGAUCCUAUUUGAACACGGGCUCAGCAGUGUCUGUACAGCAUCAAGCAGAGACCAAGGUGUGCCCCCCUCAUCUGUAAGAUAGCAUUAAUAAGUGCUGUUACAAAGCCUUUGCAAUCAGGCAAGGGAAAAAUAUGUAGCCUGACCAUAUUAAUUAUAUUCUGAGGGGCCGUAGAAGAGCAAACUGUGUCUGAGGGGCUGUCGAAGAGCAAACUGUGAACAUCUGUGUGUACUCAGAGACAGGCCGGUUGGUCGAAUGCCACCAGAGUUGGUCUGCCAGGAACAGAAACACAUGUAGGUGCUGCAGUAGCAGUUGCGGCACCCAUCGGGAAUGAGGAAACAGAAAAGGAAAUCACCAGUUAACUGCUUCUUACACGUGAUGCUGCAAGUCAGCAAACCUGGGAGAAAUCCCGAGGAAAUAGCAAUUGUUACCCCAUUUCUGGGCAGGCAUGAAGAAAUUGUCCCAGAAUAACAGUAGAAAUACCCUCUUUUCUGUGUGUUUCCCUUUUUAUGAAAAAGGGGCAGAUUUAUGAGUGGGUAUAUAUUGCAGUGGGACUCUUGAGGGAUCAACCAUUUCUCCAGGGAGAAGAAUGAAGCAACGGUUCAGCUGCUUGUUCUGAGACUCUGCUUCAAGUUUUCAGCUUACUGGUCACCCCAUUCCUGAUCCAGCACUGGUAAAGAGGUAAAGGACCAGACAUCUUGGGUCAGAGCAAGGGUAUAUCUAGCUCAGUAUCCUGAAUCCAUGGAAAUUAAUAGAUGAGGGUCAGGGAAAAGAAUAAGAAAAGAGCAAAUGUGCAAGGUGACUUUUCAAGCCUGCAGUAGUCCUCAGCUCAGACACUUCCCCAGCCAAAGACAGGGUUUGUGUUUUAGAGGCCAUGACAGCUUUCUCCCUCAUGAAUCCUUUUAGCUGCUUGUCCUGCCUGCCUUAUUUAAAAUGCUAAUUAUUUUAAACUGACUCCAUCAAAUGCCUAACAAUCAAAAUGGAAAUACCACUGCUAUCCCUAAGCCUGUGGUGCAUCUGAAAGAAGGUCAAGCAUCCUCAUCACUACCAGCAUCACAGGGAAUUUUUCAACUCUUUUCUCCAAAAAGAAAGAAUCAGCAUAGCUCCCCAUCAGUAUCUGCAUUGCUACAGCAGCAGCCAGGGUGCCAAUAAGAUAGAGGUGUCAUCCCUUGUGCUUGCUGCUACCAUCUGCUUGGCCCUUUCUCUUUCUGUAUCCAUGUGGCUGCAAGUUCAUUGUCUGGGGUUGGACACUCGGAAAACGCAAACUGAGCAGGAGGACACACAUUUCCCAGUGUCAGCUGAGAUCCAGGACCCCAAGCUGGACCACUUUGGGUUAAACAUCUGACCUAAUUAGGGGAGAAUAAUCCUGCUGCGAGCCCAGAGGAAUUACCAAAGAGCUGCAUAUUUAUGUGAAGUUGGAUGGGGACAGGGACAUGUAGGAAGUGCAGCAACACUUAUUUCCCUUCCAAAUCCCCCGCAAGACUAAAGCCCAGCUCAGCAUUGCAGGUGGUUGAGCAGAGUAUGUGCCCAGCUGCAGGUCCUUUGAUGUGGGAAGGUCCUCAGAGCAGAAGGGAGCCAGAUGUUAUUCUGAAAUAGGGGCUUCCAGCCUCUAGGUUGCUUCAGGAUUUUUCUCCUGUACCAGUGCAAAAGCUGUGCCCGUAGCCAACACAGGUAGGUUGGAAGAGGUGGCCUUGUCCCAACACCAUGCCUCAGUUCCAAGAAAACUUUGCUGUGUGAGCUGAUUAGACAUGGAGUAGGUUUCGAUCCCUGCUUAGAUGAGAUAAAUUCUCCCACUGCUGCCUCCUCUAGGCACCUGAAACCUAUUUUAGAUUUCACUCUUAUUCCUCUGUUGAUUUUUCCAUAUCCAGGAGGACAGAAGUUGUCCCCUCCUUGGCCUCUCAUAGUCCCCUCCUCUGCCAGCCGUGUCCUACAAGCACAAAAAUGACUCCAGGCCACGAUGAGCUUUCUCCAAGUUGACUGUACCUCUGCAUUUUCCCUCCAGGUGAGCAAGAUCCCUCCACGUGAAAUCCUCCCCACGAUGCUGUUGCUGCUGCUGCUGCAGGUCUCGGCGAGCUGCCUCUGGCUGGGAUGCAGCGAGGUGGUGACAUCCUUUGAAAGAUCGUGCCCUCAGUUUUUUUUCCGGGAAACCCCCCCAAAUGAAGCGCUGGAGCCGGAGAGCCCAGCCUGGAUCUGCCAGCGUUACAGGAACCGGUAUUACUUUGCCACCCUGUACGACAGGAACAGGCGUAUUCCCGUCUACUCUGCUUACCUCUACCAGCCUGGACCUGGCAAGAGACCCAAGACGUGGCUGGUUGAGCCCCAGCUGAUGGGUCCAACUUAUCCCAAAACUAUGGAAAGAGAGUGGACCCUCUUAAAUCAUUUCAAAGUCAGCUCAGAGCAACUCAGCAAGAGCCAGGCUGUCCUCCAAGACUACAAGAACCUGACAGGUUUGAACCGUGGCCAUUUGAACCCCAGCAGCCACCACCCCGACCCCAGCAGCAGGACGGCUACCUUCACCCUCACCAACAUAGUGCCCCAGGAUGAGAAACUCAAUGGUGGUGCCUGGAACAACUACGAGCAGCAAACGAUGAUCAGGAGGACCCAGGGCUGUAACACCACCUACGUCAUUGUGGGCGCCGUGCCCGGAAACAACUACAUUGCCAAGGGGAGGGUUAAUAAACCCAGCCACAUCUGGUCAAGUGCUUGCUGUGAGGUGGACACCAACCGCAGGAAGGCUUGGGCGGUCAUUGCUGAGAACGACAAGAACAAGGUCCAGCUCCUCACACUGGGGGAGCUGGAGGAUGUGUUGACCCAGCUCUACAGAAGGGACCAGGUUUCUCUAUUUGACAGCGACUGUCCCCGGGAAUAAAUCCCACUUCACAUCCCAGGUGUAAAGGACUUGGGAGCUUUCACCACUAGCAGCAUCGCCGCAACUCCUGUGCAGCAUCUGUCCUGCUUCCUUCUCUAGCAGUUUUUCAGCUCUGUCCCUCAGAGCACCUUCUCUUCUGAUAAAAGGGAGGAAGAGGUCAGCAGAGCCUCCAGCUGGUUUGCUUGGUGCUGCUCAUCUUUGGAGGGAGCUCUCAGGGAGUUGUCCUUGCCCUGGCCACUCUGGAGGGGCAGGUUGGAUAACAGACCAUGGGCAAGGAAAUCAGAGCUUCCCACUGGGAAGAGGGGCUUUACCUUUUUUUCCUUUUUUCUCUGUGCCCAUAUACAGAUCAUAUUUCUUUCCUCUCCUCAUUAGAUAUCACUGAUAAUGUGUUUCUGACUUGUCCCUCACCUCCUCAGGAAGGAAGGUGAGUCUAGGACAGUUCAGGUUGUCCAGAGAAGUUGCAGUCGCUAUCUCUGCAGAUACUCAAAACCCAACCAGAUACAGUCCUGGACAACCUGCUCUAGCUGACCCUCCUUGAGCAGGGGUCUGGACUAGAGGACCUCAAGAGGUCCCUCCCAACCUGAACGAUUCAGUGAUUCUGUGAUUGAUCCUGGGGCCAGGAAAACAGAGAUCUGAGGGUCUGUAAGGAUUAUCCUACAAAUGCAUUCUGAACAACACAGCCAAUGACAACAGCAAAGGAUAAAGGGAGAGAGGAAGGUGGAAUGAUGAAAUACAACUAAGCGUAGGAAGAACAUCCCAGAUCUCUGUAGGUCUGUAAAUAAAUAAAACAAGGAGAAGGAAGGAAAUAGCCUACAUCUAAUCACUAGGCUCCCUAACCCUGAACUUACACGGGGACUCUCUGUAAAUUUGCUAGCAGGUUUUUGUUUGCUUACUUUUGAAACCUGCACCUUGAGAGCAGGAGCUGAGGUACCAGGUAACUAGGCUCAGCGAUCAGAUAUACAACAAGGUUUGACCAGUCAAAGAUAAAUUUCUGUGAUACACUGGUUGUAUAAUUUCAUGCUCGGCUCUGCUUCUAGACCUUUCCUGCAAAUUUAUGUGUAACUGAUUUUGUGAAAUGUAUUCAGUGGGUGUAAAAGAUCAAUGUAUUCUGUAUAAUUUAGUUCUUGAGUAGUUUACAAUAUAAAUUAUUUGCUCCAG